AUGGCGGCGAAGAGCAACACGGACCCCGUAAAAGCAGGAAUUAGGGUUGCAAUUGGUGACAGCUGGAAGGAGAAUGCGCUGUUUAGGACUACAGGACUGCUACACAACGACCACAUGGCUUCUAUGGUUCCAGAAACUAGGCCGAGAGGAGCUUUCUAUCCUCGUCAAACCAAGGCAGCUAAGAAAGAGUCUUGCGUUAUCUGUUUCGAAGACAUUGAUUCUGAACUUAUUAUGUUUCCAGCUGAUGAAUGUGGUCACUCGUUUUGCUCUACUUGUGUUAAAAAAUAUAUAGAGGUGAAGCUGCUUGCUGGAAGGAUACCGAAUUGUCUUGACCUUCGGUGCACGUCUAUGCUGUCUAUUGAUAGAUGCCGCAACCUAUUGACUCCAAAGCUGAAUUGUAUGUGGAGACAGAGGAUUAUAGAGGACUCAACUCCUUCCGCAGACAGAGUUUAUUGUCCUUACCAAACGUGCUCUUACUUGAUGUCCAAUUUCAUGCUUUCUCUUUCUGCAUCUUCUGAAUCUGGAUUUAGGAAGUGCUUCAAAUGCGGUGGCUCCUUCUGCGUCCACUGCAUGGUUCCAUGGCAUAGUUCGCUAUCGUGCACCGAUUACAAGAAGUUGCAUCCCAGUCCUCUAAACGAGGAUACAAAGCUUAUGUCUUUGGCAAAUCUUGAAGGGUGGCGUCAAUGCGGCAGGUAUUGUUGCAUAACAUACAAUUUCAUGCGAAUUCUAAUAGAAAGAGCCAAAGAGAAAACCCCUUAA